AUGACCGAGUCGAGGCAGGAACUUUUGGCGUGGAUCAACGAUGUAACAAAGCUGAAUUUGCGAAGAAUCGAGGAUUGCGGCAAGGGUUACGCGAUGAUUCAGAUAUUCGACUCUAUUUUUCGCGACGCGCCAUUAAAAAAGGUCAAUUUCAAUUGCUACAGCGAGUACCAGUACAUAAACAAUUGGAAGGUGCUGCAGCAGGUGUUUCUACGAAAAGGAAUUGAGAAAUUGGUCGAUGCUGAACGGCUGUCACGCUGUAAGAUGCAGGACAACUUGGAGUUCGUCCAGUGGGCUAAAAAAUUCUGGGACCAGUACUAUCCUGGAGGCACAUACGAUGCUAUAGCACGCAGAGGCGGUCGUGAGCCUCCUGCCAUUUCGGGAAACCCGGUGAGUGCCGUUGGUCACACAGCUGCUGCCACAUCCACUCGUCGCCGUGUCGUAUCGUCUGGCAGUGGUUCCAGCACGCCCACAAUGGCCUCCGCCUCGGUUGUUGCGCACCACGCACCGUCUGUGCCGUCUGCUGCUUCGUUGCGUGCCAAACAGGCUCAGCAACAGAUCGCCAACUUGGAGUCGCAGCUGCUCGAAGCCAACGAGACCAUGCUGGGUCUUGAGCGUGAACGAGACUUUUACUUCAACAAGCUCCGUGAGAUCGAGAUCCUUAUGCAGACAACAUCACAGUCUCCCGAUACGGCGAAGAUUGAUGUGUUUCUGGAACAAGUCCAACGCAUCCUCUACUCCACCGAGGAGGGCUUUGAGCAGCCGACCGAGGGUGCUAUGGAUCCUAUCCCCGCUGACUCUGCCAUUGAGGUGGACAUGCAGCCUGUUGCCGAUGCCAAUGUUUCUUCCAUCGCCGCAGGUCUUGGUGAUUCCAUGCCCGGCGAGAACCAAAGCUUUCACAUGAAACAGCCUCCAAAAUCUGUUGGUGUCGACCCUUCUUCCACCGUUCCCCAGCCCGACUUUGUCCGUGCUCGUCUCAAGAGUCUUGAGCUCGACGAGGACGAUGAGAACUUGACGUUUUAA